GUACUUAUUAGAGUCACUCUGUAAUUGGGCGAAAGCUUGUUUUGAGGGCCCAGAACAAGAGAGGGACAAUAAAUACAUUGUAUAUUUAUAUAUACAAUGCUAAAGGGAAGCAUUGUAUUAGUAUUUUAGAUUUUACAUUAUUAGCAGGACAUAUGUUUUGCGGUAGAUUAACUGGAGUCGCUCGUAGUUCUCACGAUUAUCACUGUGGUAGUUCAUUUAACCCAAAAAAACUUAACCAUGUUUACACUUGGCUACGGAUUUUACAAAUAUCUGGUUCAAAAAGACGAAUUUUGUGUACUCAUUUUGGGUUUGGAUAAUGCGGGUAAGACGACCUUCCUCGAAUCGGCCAAGACAAAAUUUACGAAGAACUACAAAAGUAUGCACCCGAGCAAAAUUACGACGACGGUAGGAUUAAACAUCGGCAAGAUCGAUGUGAGCGGCAUCCGUUUAAACUUCUGGGACCUCGGCGGACAAUUAGAAUUACAGUCUUUAUGGGAUAAGUAUUACGCAGAAUCGCACGCGAUAAUUUAUAUAGUCGAUUCUUCGGAUAGAGGGCGAAUACCAGAGUCGAAGGAAACGUUCGAUAGGAUGAUAGCGAGCGAAAGUUUACAAGGUAUACCGUUGUUGGUGCUGGCAAAUAAACAGGAUAUUCCCGAUUGUAUGGGCGUACGCGACGUUAAACCAAUAUUUAAUAAAAAUGCGCACUUAAUCGGCAAGAGAGACUGUAUGGUGAUGCCAAUAUCGGCGCUGACAGGGGAUGGUAUAAAUGAAGGUAUUUGUUGGUUGGUCGAUUGUAUCAAGAGAAAUGUGUUUAUAAGGCCGCCUCGCAAUAAUGAUGAUAAUUAAAGACCUAUCCACCUGUUGUAGGUGGCGGUGUAAAGAUAAGGUGUAGAUAAGAGAGUGAUAAGGUGAAAUUGGUGUUAUCUUUGGUAUAUCAUUAUUUAUAUUUCGUACUCCGUUUACAAAUAAAUUUAAUACAGAA